AUGAAUGAUUCCACAGCUUCAGGUGAAGCGAGCGUCUCUUCUUCUGGCAAUCAAAUAGUACCAACAAAAUCAACAUCAAAGAAGAAGCGAAUUUUGGUUACUGGCGGCUUGGACAGCCGGUACUUCGCCCACCGUUUAUCUCAGAAUUGCAUUAGGGCAAUUGAUGGAACACACGUUCGUGUGAGAGUAUCUAACGAAGAUGCACUAAGAUAUCGUGGUAGGAAGAAUUAUCCAACAAUAAAUGUGUUAGCUGCUUGUUCAUUUGACAUGAAGUUUACUUAUGUCUUACUUGGAUGGGAGGGCACCACUUCAGACUCAAGAGUUAUGGCUAGUGCACUAAAAAGAAAUGGAGAUAAAUUAAAACUUCCUCAUGUGAAAUAUUAUCUUGUUGACGCGCGAUACCCAUUGAAGGCUGGACUUAUCACACCUUAUAGAGGUGUGCACUACCAUUUAAAAGAAUGGUCCUCACGCCGACCGGAGAAUCCUCAAGAGUUAUUCAACCUUCGACAUACAUUACUACGCAAUGUUAUUGAGAGAAUUUUUGGUGUGUUGAAGAAACGAUUUCCAAUCAUAGGAAGCAGUACUGAACAAACAUAUGAUGUUAAUACUCAAGUUGAUAUUAUUUUAGCAUGUUGCAUCAUACACAACUAUUUAAUGGGCAUGGACCCUGAUGAAAGCCUUAUUAAUGAAGUACACCAGGAGCUGUUGAAUAAAACUCGAAAUGAAGAGGCUGGUCCAAUUGAGAGAAGUAAAGAUCAUAGUUUGGGGGAAUACUUGAAAGAUUUAAUAGCUUCCCAUAUGUGGAAUGACUAUGUGGCUAAUCAAAUGUGA